UAGAGAACCAAUGAACCAAUGACGUCAAGCCAGACGUUGUUUGAGUGCUGCACCAACCCACGCUGAAGUCAAAGCAAGAUCUCAUCAACACAACUGACCGUGACUUCCGCCUCUUUGCAGCACAAAUGUUUCCAGCUCGGGCUGAUGCUAGCGUAUGCUUCAAUGCGGAAGCACGCUGCUUGAUUGACAUGGGCAAUGUUUUCAUUGUUAUGCCACAAGGGGACAACCUGCAGCCCUAUCAGCGAUCUAUCUUCCGCCUCGAAGUCCAGCGCCAAAACGUUGAAUUAGCCGAUGAUAGCCGUCUGUCUAAGGACGCUUGUUUGGCUCUACUCAAAGCCAAAUUCGACCAGUUGCCCUAUUGCGACAUCUUUGGGGUCAACUUUCCCUUCUUUGCCCAGGGAGAAGUUGGGGAGGGCCAGAACAAGCAUCGGCCUUGCGUUGCUCUCUAUGGGGAUGACGAUCAAGUACCGAUGUACAUUGGUGUCUACACGGGAGCUCCAACUGACGUAAUGGCUGCCGCAAAGGACAACCAGUUCUGCCUCCUGUUGAAGCCUUCCACCGACGUCCUCCCACCCACGGCAUCCAACCAAAUGGUUGUUGACUGCGCGAAAGUUUGCAGCUUCCCGAAUCUGUACAACCUCCCGGACGACUACCUCAAUGGCAUGCCCACAUGGAAGAAGUACCUCUCGGAUCCUAGCAAGCACGAGUCCGUUCUGUCCAACCACCUACGGCCUGCCAACCCACAAAGCCUCCGCAACGAAAUCAUCAAAAAGAUGAUCGCGAUUCUGAUCGCCAAUCCCAUUUUCGAUUAUCGUGAUAGGACUCUUGAGCUUGACAUUGGGACUAUGGUCAAAGGCCGCAAACUGCGCGAAGGCGAAUGGCGCAACUUCAAGAAGGUCUACGAAGGACCACCCAAGCUCUCUGCUGCGGGGCUCCCUCCCGCUCCGGAAAAGAAGGAGUUGUCUCUGGAGACCGAGCUCUCCCCCACUCCGACUAAGAAGGGUUUGCCAAGGACCCCACAAUAACACCCUGAACGCUCUUUGCAGCCUUGGGUGCACAAGGGGUAGGGACGGCUACACAUUCCAACAACAAAAAAGAACAACUGGAAACAAGAACACACAACCAACAUCUAAGAACAAGAACCACACAACCAAAAACUAAAAACAAAAACCAACACGCGACAAUCAACAAUCAUCAACAAUAUCAUCACUGCAAAACAAAAAGGUCAUACAUGUCUAACCAGAAUUUUCCCGAACGCGCAUCGCAAUUUGUAGUGUAUGGUGUGCUUGCCCUGGGCGAUUGUUUUCCGGUGAGCUGGCGCCUCUGACCGCUGAACGGAUGUUCCUAUCUACGUAAAACAACCACCUCGGCCAUCACGCUCGGUUGCCAUGGCAUCACGCAACAAUCAACCUCAGCCGGCACAGCUGAGAGAUACCGACCAUAUGGUAUCAAGUGAGAGUUUCGCCGUGUCCACUGCCUACAGCAACAACCAGAGAGAGUUUGAGCUGCAGCGUUAGUUGCCCCAUGGUGUGCUACAACUAACGCUGCCGCUCGGAUGGUCAAUCGAUUUCUUGUUGUUGCUGGAUAUAUGCCUUGGACACCACUGACACCAUGUGCUUCAUCGAUUCGGUGUCAAAAUUUUCCAUUUUUUCUAUACAAAAGUGGAUACCGGCAUGGCAUCCAAAUCUCGGUUAUCGGUCAGUUACAACCUCGAUAAUAUAACCCACAUUUCUCGCACUAC